AUGUUGAAUCACAUUUUAUCCAUUGUUCUUUUGCUUACGACCAUUCUCAUACCUAUAUCAUUCUCUGCUAGCACCAAUGAAACCACAAAAUCUGAUAUUGAUCUUUUGGAGUUUGCCCUAAAUUUAGAAUAUUUAGAAGCAGAGUUCUUCUUGUAUGGUGCAACUGGUAAUGGGUUGGAUGUUGUUGCACCAGGACUAGCCCAAGGAGGACCCCCUCCUAUAGGUGCCAGAAUGGCCUCUUUGGACCCUUUCACUAAAGAUGUCAUCUCACAAUUUGGUUUACAGGAAAUUGGACAUUUAAGGGUGAUAAAGAGUGUAGUAAAAGGGUUUCCUAGGCCAUUGUUAAAUAUUAGCAAGGAAUCGUUUGCAAAAGUGAUGGAUGAUGCCUUUGGGAAUCCUUUGCGUCCACCUUUCGACGCUUAUGCAAAUUCCAUUAACUAUCUACUUGCAUCAUAUAUAAUUCCUUAUGUUGGUCUCACUGGAUAUGUUGGAGCUAGUUCUAACCUUCAAGAUCCUACAUUCAAGAAGCUAGUUGCAAGUCUUUUGGGAAUAGAGGCAGGACAAGACGCUGUUAUAAGAACAUUGUUAUACGAACGCAGAAAGUUAAGGGUGUUACCAUACAGAAUAACUGUUGAAGAGUUCACUAAUCGUAUUUCAAUGCUUAGAAAUAAGUUAGGAAACAAUGGCAUAAAAGAUGAGGGUCUAGAGGUUCCUAUAAUGCAAGGUGCUGAAGGCAAAAUUUCAGGAAACAUACUUGCUGGUGAUGAAUAUUCAACCUCAUAUUCAAGAACUCCAGUUGAAAUAUUGAGGAUAGUAUAUGGUGGAAAUGAAAGUGUCCCUGGUGGCUUCUAUCCCAAAGGAGCAGAUGGUAAUAUAGCUAAGUCUUACUUAAAAACUACAACUUAA